UCUCUCCACAUCCAGCAUUGAGCUUGUUAGCAAAACAUUUGUUUUAUCUGUGUCGCCGGAAGAAGAUACGAGAAAUAUGGACAAUACCCAGAACAUGAGCUACAAAGCCGGCCAGGCCAAGGGCCAAGCCCAGGAGAAGGGCAGCCAGGUGAUGGACAAGGCCAGCGGCGCCGCCCAAUCCGCCGCGGACUCCAUGCAGGAGGCUGGCCAGCAAGCGAUGGCUAAGGCGCAGGGUGCAGCUGACGCAGUUAAGGAUGCAGGUCAGCGGCAACAAAUGACAAACUCUUCAUCGAUCUCACUCUUAGGAGUUUAAUUUCUUUGGCUUUCUU